GUCUCCAGGCCGGCAGGUGGCGCUGGCGUGUGUAGAGCAGCAGCAGCAGCAGCAGCGCAUCAGCGUGUGUUCAGUUUCCACAUGUCCAGCAGCAGCGCGAUGCUAAAGAUGGAGCUGUAAACAUUGUCUUUAGUGUUUCCACUCCUCAUUUAAAGUCUACAUUAAUGUAAAUUCGCUUUCUGUCGUGUCUUCAUGUGGGAUAAGCGAUGAAGAACCGCAGCGCUUAUAAUAUAGACCCGAGACUCAAACACAGAGUCCACCAGUACCUGAAAACACACAAUGACCCGUAUGUGGACAUUUCAGCCAUGGCCUCUGAGCUCCAGCAGCAGUUCAGGAUUGAGUACGGCCGGAGGAACAGGACAGCCUUCAGGAUUCAAGUGGAAAAAGUUCAUGCAGCCAUAUGCAGCGAGCCUGACAUCUCUGUCCUGGAAAACAAACAUCUGGCCAAAAGAGCGAGACGCAGCCGAGAGGACGGGGGCGACGGUCACGUCACCGAAUACAGCACAGACAGCGAGGACGAGAUUCUUGAACAUGAACACACUAAUCACAUGAACAGCUCGCUGACGUCGCUCUACCAGAGAGGAGCGUCUCACGCGGCCGGCGGCUCGACCCCUCAGAAGAGCGACGGCGACGGCUGGAUCAUCGAUAAGGCUGGAAACAGAGGACAGGAGAACAUCUGCAUUGACCUGUGUGAGGAAGAGUCCACCAGCGCUGCGAACACACAUGAAGAUAUUUUUGAUGAACUCCGAGGGCAUCUGAUCUACACACAUGCACCAAAGUCAAGCUCCAGAAAGAAGCCGAGCGAGCCAUCGAAGGAGAAGAAGUCAAAGAGCAGGAAGCAGAAGAGUGUGAAGAAGAGCAAGCAUGACGAGGACGCAGAGAUCAGUGCCGCGAUACUGACGAAAAAGAGUAAGGUGAAGGUCCAUGAGCUUCAGAACUCCACGGUGAAGUUUGAGGAUUUCGGCGGCAGUGAGGAAACUCUGGAGGAAGUGUGUAAACUGCUGAUCCACAUGAGACAUCCAGAAGUGUACCAGCGGCUGGGAGUCGUUCCUCCGCGCGGAUUCCUCCUGCACGGGCCGCCGGGAUGUGGGAAGACGCUGCUGGCUCAAGCCGUGGCUGGAGAGAUGGAUUUGCCCAUGCUGAAGGUCUCGGCGCCGGAGCUGGUGUCUGGAGUCUCCGGAGAAUCGGAGCAGAAGCUGCGGGAGCUGUUUGAGCAAGCCAUAAGCAGCGCUCCCUGUAUCAUGUUCAUCGAUGAGAUUGAUGCCAUCACUCCAAAACGAGAGAUCGCCUCCAAAGACAUGGAGAGGAGGAUCGUUGCGCAGUUACUCACCUGCAUGGAUGACAUCAAUUCGUUAUCAGAGCCAGCUCAGGUCUUGGUUAUUGGAGCCACUAACCGCCCGGACUCGUUGGAUCCGGCCCUGCGUCGAGCCGGCAGGUUUGACCGAGAGAUCUGUCUGGGGAUUCCUGAUGAGGGCGCACGACUGAAGAUUCUGAGGACACUCUGUCGGAAGAUCACGUUGCCGGAGGAUUUUGACUACAGACAGUUGGCACGUCUCACACCGGGUUACGUGGGCGCAGAUUUAAUGGCGCUGUGCCGCGAGGCGGCCAUGACCGCCGUCAACAGAAUCCUGCUGAAGUCGAGCAGUGAAGACGCCACUCCACCGAAAGGUGAGCUGGAGCAGCUGCUGGCAUUGCUAAAGACGAACGAGUCUCUGACCGAGGAGCAGCUGUCUGGACUCUGUGUCGUCAUGUCAGACUUCAAGACGUCGUUAGCCAAAGUCCAGCCGUCCGCUAAGCGCGAGGGCUUUGCCACCGUGCCGGACGUGACCUGGGAAGACGUGGGCGCCCUGCAGGACAUCCGCGAGGAGCUCAACAUGGCCAUCAUGGCUCCCAUCCAUAACCCGGAGCAUUUCAAAGCUCUGGGUCUCAACGCCCCGGCUGGAGUGCUGCUCGCCGGACCGCCCGGGUGUGGAAAGACCCUCUUAGCCAAAGCUGUCGCUAAUGAGUCCGGCUUGAACUUCAUCUCUGUCAAGGGUCCAGAGCUGCUGAAUAUGUAUGUGGGCGAGAGCGAGCGAGCCGUCCGGCAGGUCUUCCAGAGAGGCCGUAACUCAGCGCCGUGUGUCAUCUUUUUUGAUGAGAUUGAUGCACUUUGUCCUCGUCGCUCAGAGCAUGAGUCAGGAGCCAGCGUUCGUGUGGUAAACCAGCUGCUCACCGAGAUGGACGGCAUGGAGAAUCGCCGGCAGGUUUUCAUGAUGGCUGCCACCAACAGACCAGAUAUUAUUGAUCCGGCUGUGCUCAGGCCGGGACGACUGGACAAAACUCUGUAUGUGGGUUUGCCGCCCGCUGCAGACAGACACGCCAUAUUAGUCACCAUUACUAAGGGAGGCACCAAACCACAUCUAGACUCUGAUGUCAAUCUUGAGGAAAUUGCCCAUGAUGCACGUUGUGAAAGUUUUACAGGUGCAGAUCUGUCGGCGCUGGUGCGAGAGGCGAGUGUUAAUGCUCUGAGAGUUCACCUGAACGCAGGACCAGCGCAAACACACACAGAGCCAGUGAAGGACAUCAGUGUGAGCCGGGUUCACUUCGAGGAGGCCUUCAAGAAGGUGCGACCGUCUGUGUCCAAGAAGGAGCAGUUAAUGUAUGAAAAACUGAAGGAUACCCUCACAAGAUGACAAGCGUUGAUGAACAACAGUCCAACAAACAAGAUGCUGAUGAACUGACGGAGCAUCUUCUCCUGAACAUUGUGCUGUAUGUCCUGCAUGAGGAACGAUUCAGCUCAUGGAAGACCAACAUUUAUACAUGAUCAAAGGUUUAAUGAAAUUAUAUAUGCAAUAAAGUGUAUAUAAGAAGGGAAGAUUGAGAAUGUGUUUUAACAGGAAAAUUACAUGAGAAGAUGAUUUCUGGUUUAAUACUGUCACAGAAAUUCUUGAGCCUGACAGCUUGUAUAAAUUCAUUUUAUUUUUUAUUUUUUUUGUAUAAAUGAUUAGUUUUUCUAAAAUAGAGUUAUAGUUUUUUUCCCUGUUGUUGCUUUUUUACUAGAAUCUUGUCAAUCACAGACACUCAACAGGAAGUUCAUUAGAUUCUAGUACGGCACACUUUGCUGAAGUGCUUCAGAAUGAGAUCACAUGGUUCAGAUUGUUCCUGAACGAUCCGUCGUGAACUGAAGCGUUGAGUUUUGAGAAAGAUCUUGUGUGUAUAAACACGGUCAAAGGUUUGAUUCUCAAAUAAACUUGUUUUUCUCAUCUAAAAAAAAAA